AGCAUUUUGUCUGAGACAAGUUUAGAUUAUUUUGUAGGGAUCCCUAUGAUGGUCGAACAAUCCAGAUUCUGACUCCACAUUUUGACCUUAUUUCAUCACCCAUUGUAGCCCAAAAAAAAAAAAAAAAUACGAAAAAUAAAAAUAAACAAUUUACAAUUUUAUGGCAAAAAUCAAUUAUUGAGAAAACGAACAACAUUUCCAAUAACGAAAAAAGAAGAACAAGACGGCGACAUCUAACCAUCCACCGAUCCAUGUGCGAUAUAUACAACAUGCUGUAAUCUAAUCGCGCUGAAACAAAUAAAAAUAAUAGACAAAAAAAAAACAAUAACAACAAACUAUGAUAAACGACGUAAGCAAAAUGCCAGAAAACCUGGCGGCGACAGCAGCUGCGAUCAACGACUCUAAACUGCAACGCCACAAUGGCAACAAUGAUGUGGUGGGAGAGCAGCAGAGAGAGGAAGAGCGGGGCCAUAAUGUCAACAUGGUGGGUGAGUGGAGAGAGCAAGAGAGGCCGUCGGGUUUGCCGAGAACUGAUAAUGCUGGUGCUGACACAACCCACGCCAAUGGCAAUAUUUGUAAACAACAACAGACGAGUGGCAACGAAGUAUUAACGACCACGACGACGAUGACAAUCUCCCGGCCGAGUGCGUCAAACAAUUCAACAAGUGGUUGUUGUUGCUGCGGCCAUAGAGAGCCGCAGCAGCAUAAACUCAAUAGUGUUGUUGCUGCCCUGGGAGAACAAACGGUAAAACCUUCCUCCUCAUCAUCAUUGCCGUCGUCAUCUUCGUCAUUGUCGCCAUCGUUGCCUAUCGUCGCCGAAGUAUUACAAAAUCAAACGGCAACGCUGUUGACGCAUAAAACCAUAACAAAGCCAGCCAGCGAAGCCAGUUAUCAGAGAACUCUGGAAACGGAAACAUCACCAAUAAAUUGCCGUAACGCUCACCAAUGUGAACUACUGGAAUCGAACUCAGCUCGGCAGCCAGUAGUAGUAAGCAGUAUUCAAGACAAGCCAGAACUAAUACAACACGCAGAGGAAAUUUUACGGAUACCUAGUUUGGCGGAACGUAAAGCUCUAUUGAAGCAGGAAUUUUUCAAAGAUUUCUCCCAAUUGGAUUACCAGCCGAAGACCUCAACGCUAAGCAAACGCCUGCUAAAGAAGCAACACAAUUUGAAAUUGAAAAUUCCACAAAAAAAAUCCGCAGAUACGGAACCUAAAUCCCUGGUGGAAUUAAGGAAAUUGGAUUUACAAGCCAAGAAAUCUCUGAAGAGCAGUUCUAACCCUCACCUAGCCGAGGACGCAGCAAAAGUUUUCCCCAGUGUCAAGGAAUUGGCCAAACGUUUCGACAUGAUUGUGCCCCAAGCGAAAAUCGCCAGUGACAUGGAUAUGGUCUCGCUGAAACCGGAAGUUUUGGAUCAACGCAGCUCACCUCUCUCCGAUGAGGGUUGCAAUUUGGGCCAAAGUCCCUAUAGCUCGGAUGAUGACAAUGAGUCGAUACGUACCACCCACACAGCCAUAGAACGUGUACCGAAACGCAAAGAUAAGGUGGCCCGAUCGGCCAGCAGUGAUUCAGCCUUGGGUUUGGAUGUGGAUGAGUCUCUCAUGGAUACCUCAGAGGCCACACCACCCAGCGGGCAGCAACAACAAAAACGACGCAUGACCUUGACGGUAACAGAUUUACCUCUCAGGCCGGCCCUUUUGCCUUUGGCUGAACCCACAACCCUUCCAGACUCCCCGCCCGUGGAUAUGCUGGCCAAUUUUAGCCUCAACCAAACACAAAUACCCACCAAAGUUCUGCUCGAGGAAAGGGUGGUGGAAAUUCCCGAGGAUCCUCGGUCGGGAGGCAGUUCUAGGCGUGAAUCUUCCCAGUCAUGCAUUUCCGAUUUUCCCCCAGCCGAUAUGCAGGGUGUGCGCUUUGUGCGCACCCCCUCCGUGGUGGUCUCUGACUAUUCCGAUGAUAUUAUGUGUGGCAUAACGCUGGAGGAAAUCGAAUACUUUCGGGCCCAGCGAAUGCGACGUCGUUCCUCAUUGGAUACCGCCGGCACGGAAAAAGAUGCGCUCGACAAUAACUCCGAUGUAAGUGCAGCCUCGUCGUGUAGUAACCUCUACUAUUGUGGUUCAACCAUAUCGGCCCUGGAUGGGGCGGAGUGCCUGGUCAAUGGCAUGCGCCUACAGCUGGAGCGUAAAACCUCCGACUGUUCCACCUGUUCGGCCAGCGGAGAUGAGGAUAAUGCCUGCGGUAUUCACAGCAGCAGCAACCUUACCAUACCCGAACAACCAGAAGACUGUCAAGAUUUAAGCGAUUUGUUGGCCAAUCAACAUCUGUCCUGCAAACGUUCCAAAAAGGUAGGUUCAACAGCGACGGGAUUUCUAAGUGUAGACAAUACGCCCCUGCCAUAAGGCGGUGGGGUGGAGGAAACUCUAAGUCAUUAUAGGUUUUUAAGUGCUUCCACACACACACAUUUCCUUAGUUAGA